AGAGUGGCAAAGGCUUAAAUAGCACCGCGUACACUCAUGCAAGCAGUGUUGACGGAGUCACCUGAAACGGACUUCAGCCGCCGUGAUCUUCAGGAACGUCAAACGGACUAAGAUUUGUAAAGUGAAAAUUUGUAAAGUCUAUGCAAAUCGCGUAGGAAGUCAGCUGAAUCUACAUUCCGCUGAAGUUCGCUCGCGAGAAGAUUCCUCCAGAAUCGUGCUUGAGAUGGAUUCUAUGACUUAGAUUUUAUGAAAUCGUGUGAGAUCCUGAAAGACGAGUGUCUCGGUGAAGAAAUUGAAAAUCUGCAUCUUUUUCUAAUCCAGAUAAUCUUCUGAAACAUGUUCUGGUUUCAUUCGAAUUAAAAAAUUCUGAAUUCCAAAUUGCAAAAAAGGAAUUUUCACAAAGAAGAACAUCCUUCGUGAACAUUAGAUCCAAUCUGCGCGGAUUUUCAUCCUGACAAAAUUUUUUAUGUGAAAGAAAUUAUCUCAACUGAGUUGAAAUAUAUAUUAUAUAAAUAUAUAUUAUAUAAAUUCUCUAUUCAGUUAAGUUCUUUCUAUCUUUGGAUCUGUCGGAUACGAUUUAGAUCUUUGCCAGUGAUUCGAUUUACACAAAGACUAACUACCGUUUAAUUGAAGCUUAUAAAAUGUUUUGUUAGCGAUUACAAUAGAAAUCCAGUAAAAGAAAUUAUUCUUCGACGAGUACGAAGAUCGGUGCUGAUUUUCGAUACGAUAAAUUCGAAAGAGAAAUUCAUAUUUGCGCGCUUGUCGCCGUCAAUUGUAAUCGUACGAAGUGUGAAGAAACAUGAGGCCGCCAUAUAACGAAGGAGAGGUGCAGCAGAUCUCGCAGGAGCAAGGCGAGAGAAAUGUUGCGAUGGCAGUCUGCGUUCAACUGGCUGGUCGGGCGAUCAUCCGGGUGGUUUCACGAUGUGAGGAAGCCCAGGAUAACUGCAACUUAGACUUGUCGGAGUGCCAGCUCAUGCAAAUCCCAGACGCAGUCUACCAUCUGAUGCGGCACACGGAGCUGAAGAGAUGCGACCUCUCCGGCAACGUGAUCACAAAAAUUCCAGCCAAGUUUGCCGUGAAAUUUUCAUUAAUUACUGAACUGAAUUUAAGCCACAAUCAGAUGAGCAAACUGCCUGAGGAAUUAGCUGAACUGCAAGCUCUGGAGAGACUCGAUAUCUCGCACAACACUUUCAUCGCUCUACCAUCUGUGGCUUGGCGGAUACCGCACUUGAAACGACUUCUCGCUAACAACAAUUUUAUUAUCGAUGUUGACGUCGAGAGACUUAGGCAUGCACCUGUUCUAGAAUUCAUCGACCUGCAAGCGAAUCCUCUUCCGCCGAGAUUGCACGAUCUUCUAGGCACUCUGACCAGGAUUACAAUCGAACUUACUCCUCGGCAAAUCGAGGAUUGGGAGGACUUGAACGUUUAAGUCAUUUCCCAAGCGAGAGCAGUCUAUUUCGCGACGGAAGACGACGGAGAGACGGUUCCGACUUUCGUAUUCUCUCGACGAAAAUUGCUCAAGACUUUGCACGAAUUAGAAGUAGAAUCAAUAUUUUGUACAGUGAUAAUGCGAGCUGUGUGAUAACAAGUGUCGCGGAUUAUAAGUCAAUGAUCCGCUUGUAUCUUUUGUAAAUGUCACUAGUGAUUUAUAUCUGUACUUAAUUAUCACGGACCUAUUACUGAUCUUACGGAGAUCGAUCGAUCCUUCGUUUCUUUCUUUUAUAUCCCAUGAAUUUUUAGAUUUUAUCGAGACAUGAAUGACGCUGUUAUAAUUAAUUAUCGAAUUCAAGAAUUUUUAAACUUUAUGAAUGUUUUAGUAUCAAAACACUUCCAGUAUCGAAUUUUUAUCUUAUAAUAAAUGAUUGGAAUGCUUAAA